AUUCAUGUCAACUCUCAAACAUGGUAUAAAACGACAUGCCCUGAUUUUCACAAUCAGUCUCAACCAUGGCUACUAUCUACAACUGUAUUGGUUGCAAUGGCAUUGUAUCACAGCGUAUGCACGCUAUCAGCUGCGACGGUUGUGAGAGAUGGCAUCACAGAAAAUGCAAAACUGGUAAAUAUAUUAGAUUUUCACAAGGUCUUGAAGUACAGAUUCUUUUAAACAAAACGUCCGUUUACGCGACGCCGCCGCUUCCGUAUAAUUAAAGUAAUAUAUUUGCUUUUCUAAUAUAUAUGAUUGUUUAUUCAUAAGUGUUUUCUUUUUUUCCAGGUGCCACUACUGGUAUUACGGCCGACCAGUACAAACAAAUGAAAAAGGGUACGCUAGAAUUAGAAUGGAAGUGCGCUGGUUGUACAGAGCAGGAAAUGCAGGUCGACGCCGAUCUCAGCAUCCCACCUGUCCGCAGCAGAUCAACAUCCCCAGUCCGUGAACUGCUCAAUGUCGAUCUCAGCAUCCCACCUGUCCGCAGCAGAUCAACAUCCCCAGUCCGUGAACUGCUCAAUGCUACUUACGUAAUUCGAGACAGCGCAGACUCUUCCAUGCCGGAGAUGGAUCUACAAAGCAGCUUCAUCGAAGACAGGUCCUUCGAUGUCAGCGGCAGAUCCUUCAGUCAACCGGCACCACAUCUGGAUGAAUCCUUAAGAGAUCGCUCCCUUGACGAUUCAAUUCCAGAUGACGCCCCAGUUACCUUCAACGUAGUGGAAGGUGGUACCAAACGCGGGGGACAGAAACUGGUCAGUAGUGAUGGUUAUACAUACACACGAAGGAAUGUUAAAGAGGGCCGCGUAUACUGGACCUGCAGCAUACGCAACAAAAACUUCAAGUGUAUGGCAAGUGUGAAACAGUACGGAGACUUGUUCACACCCAGUCUGAAUGGACACCAGCAUCCGGCUGAGCCUGGCGUUCUGAAGAAGGUGAAAAUAGCAGCGAAGGUGAAGCAAGUUGCCCGGGAAAAUGUUUUCCGUCCUGCCGGUGAAAUUGUGGAGACCGUGAUGAAGGAUCUGAUUUCGGCAGAAGAAUUCGCUCUACCGAAACCAGAUCUUCUUAUCAGGGCCGCCAAUCUUCAUCGGCAGAAUCUCCGACCAACGGACCCAACUACGCUGGACUUCGUGAUCAAUACCAAUUUCAUCGGGCCAGACUUCGUUGCAGACGACAUCCGGGUAGACGACCAGAGGCACAUACUUCUUGCCACAACACCUCAGCUACAGCAGCUUAAACAGGCCAGGCGGUGGUUCUUGGAUGGCACCUUCAAACUGGUAAAACGCCCGUUUUACCAGUUAAUGUCUGUCCACGCGUUCGUCCGAAAGGGUGAAGAUGCCAAACAAGUACCACUCGUCUACGUACUGAUGUCACGGAGAACAAAGCAGGAUUAUAUUGCGGUGCUGACCAGUCUACGUAGUAUGCUGGAACGCCCGCAGGUUGAAUGGUUCAUGCUGGACUUUGAAGCUGCUGCCUGGCAGGCAUUAAGGGAAGUUUUUCCGGGGUGUGUUCUGAAGGGAUGUGUGUUCCAUUGGAGUCAGCGGGUUUACCGUAAAAUCCAGUCCGAGGGUCUUACCACUGCCUACCUGGAAAAAGAAGAUAAGUACAGGUUCUUACGGAAACUGCUGAGUCUGCCAUACCUCCCUUCAGAGCAAAUUCCAGCGGCUUUCCACCAGUUGAAGCAGCAAGCUGUAGAAGUCGGCGGCCCAAUCCUGCACGUGACGCAGUAUGUCCAGGGUACGUGGAUAGAAGGAAGUAUGUGGCAGCCGAACCACUGGAGUGUGUUCAGGGAGACGGUCAGGACAAACAACGACGUUGAAGUGGAGGAACUAAAGGAUUUAAAGAUGGCCGACUACGGGCCUACGUGUCUCACUGGGCGCAAAUUUUGCGCAAUUUUAUGUUAUUUAGUGAUAUUUGGUGCAUUAUUUUGCACGCAAUGUACAGGGCUAGACACAGAGACAAAACAGAAUGAAGAAGAACAAUCGUUACCGACUGUGUUCUUCGCAAUUCUAGUUAGAAAUAAAGCUCAUACUCUGCCCUGGUUUUUCGGUCAUUUAGAAAAAUUAAAUUAUCCAAAGGACAAGAUUGCGUUAUGGAUCAGGAGUGACCAUAACAUAGACAAUUCAACAGCUAUUGUACAGAAAUGGAUACAGUCUACAGAACACCUUUACAACUCAGUGGAAUUUGUUUUUGAUGAUAAACCUGCCGGAUAUGAUGGGGAGAUCGGCACAGGUCAUUGGACAUUGGGAAGAUUUAAUCAUGUGAUAAAGCUUAGAGAAAAGGCCAUUAAAACUGCAAGAAACAUGUGGGCAGAUUAUUUACUGAUGAUUGAUGCAGACGUAAUGGUGGAAAAUCCAAAUACUUUGAAACUUCUGAUUGACCCGAAAAAGACUAUGAUUGCACCAAUGAUGAAUGCAUCUGUAGGAGAGACUUAUUCUAACUUCUGGGGUGGUAUGGACGAGGAAGGGUAUUAUAAGAGAAUUCCCGAAUACUUCGAUAUAGUUGAGAGAGAAACUCAAGGUUUAUUUGUCGUGCCAAUGAUACAUACAAUAUUUUUGCUUGACCUGCGACAUAAACAGUCAGAGAAGUUGUCAUAUAUAGCCCCACCGGGAUAUAAAAUGCCUGAAGAUGACAUCAUAAUAUUUGCCCUAUCAGCAAAAGAGGCAGGUGUGCCAAUGUAUGUGUUAAAUACGGAAUAUUUUGGGCAUGUGAUGGUACCACUGGAUGAGCACCACUCACUGUAUAUAGAGGAGGAGCAGUUUACCUACAUGAGAAUAGAAACAUUAGAUUAUGCAAAUCCAGAAAUGGGACCUGGAGUGGAUUAUAUAGUUGAAGGAAGAGGCCUUAUACCAUCGCCCUACCUAGAUGUUCCGGUGAAAGAUAAAGACAGCCUUGGUUUCGAUAAGGUGUACAUGAUCAAUCUUGACCGUCGGUCAGAGCGUAGGAAAAGAAUGUUGUAUGUGUUUGAUGUACUGGGGAUAGAAGCAGAACUCAUACCUGCUGUUGAUGGAAAGAAAAUUAAUGCAUCAUAUUUAAAAAGCUUGGAUAUAAAUAUCCUACCAGGAUUUUCUGAUCCAGUGAAAGGCAGGCCUAUGACUAUGGGAGAGAUAGGUUGUUUCUUGAGCCAUUACUUUAUUUGGAAGGAUAUGGUAGAGAAAGGAUACUCUGAGGUUGUAGUGUUUGAAGAUGACCUGAGGUUCGAGCCUUACUUUAGAACCAAGUUGACUAAUAUCAUGAGACAAGUUGCGAUGAAAGUUCCAAACUGGGACUUGAUAUAUCUGGGACGUAAAAGAUUGAACAGGAAAGAUGAAUAUUACCUGGAAGGGACAGAAUCCCUGGUAUGGCCGAGUUACUCGUAUUGGACCUUGAGUUAUCUCCUCUCAAGCAGGGGAGCUAAGAAGCUUCUGGCACAAAAACCACUUCAGAAACUACUACCAGUGGAUGAAUAUCUACCUGUAAUGUUUAACAAGCAUCCUGAAGAAUCAUGGAAAGAGCCAUUCUAUCCCCGUGAUAUGAUUGCCCUGUCCGCAGAACCAUUGUUGAUCUACCCCACCCACUACUUGGGUGAGGCACACUAUAUAUCAGACACAGAAUGGUCAGAACUUAUUACGGAAAAAACUAACCACAACAGUGCUGAAGAACCCCAAAGCUCACCAAAUACGGAAAAUAUAGGAAAUCACCAUAAAGGAGACCAGUUUAGUCCUUCAUCUGCCAGACAACAGGAUGAGUUGUGACCCCUGUCCUUCUCUAUUGUUUUGUUAGUUUUUUAUGUAAAACACGUCUGUAUUUGUGAAAAAUUUAUUUUUGCUAAGUUUCACAUUAUUUUCCCAAUUACAAAUGUCAUAUGUGGGUGAAAUUUUAUUUCCUUUAGGUGUCUGAAUUAAUUUUUUAUUUAGAAAAUAAACUGUUCUUUGUUGAAUAGGAAAAGGCAUACAUUUCUAAAAGAUAUGAUCUUGACAGGUUUGCCAAUACACAUGUAUGAAAGUCCAACUCCAAGCAAAAUUUGUGGAUUUUUUUUUAAAGUUUGUUUACAAAAAAAAUAAUUAAAAAAUGGAAAUAAUGUUUCUGUACAUCUUGCAAAAUGAAAGUUUCAUGAAAUAAAACUAUUUUGCUUUAAUUUGGGUACCUCUAGUCAUUAUACUUUACGUUAUUUAUAUAUAUAUAUACAUUAUCUCCUAUUCAGUUGUCUCCCCUUACAGUAAAAGAGACCGUUGCCAUCACAGAUUUUGAUAAAAUGUUUUUGUUUUUCAUUUGAUGUUGGAUUUUAAUGAUUGAAAUAGUUUUGUGCAUAUUCAGAGAUUUAAUGCAGGUGAUAUAACGAAAAAAUAAUAUCAAAAUUUUGAUUUCUUUUUAACAGUCGUGUGAUAUACAUAAUCAAAAUUGAUAUUUGUGAUGACAGCGAAUAUUGAAGGUAGUGCCAUGGGAGGUAAUCCCUGCUGAGUGUUUGAUAUUUUUAUGAUCUUGUAAUGUUUGUUUAUUUUGACCAUGCAAUAUUUGUUUGCUUAAAAGGAGAGAAGUGUAUUCAAUGAAUUUAUCUGCAUAUGACAGUUUUCUAUGAAGCAAUAGUUUUACCAUUAACUUACUCUUUGCAUAAUAUAUGUUUUUUUUGCAUGUCUUUCUUAAUCAUUUUUUGAUAUUUUUUAAUUUUAUGUAUAAAUAAUUGUAUAAAACAGGUUUGUAGGUUAGAUGUAGUAUAAAUAGAGAAUGUAGAAUACUGUAAAAUCAUUUAAUUUCGUGGGCAUUAAAUUUCGUGGUUUUGGUCAAAACGGCAGUUUCAUGGGGAUAUAAAUUCGUGGAUUUCAACUUUUGAACAUAAAAUGAAUGGGAAGUUUACUUGUUCGUUGGGAUUAAAUUUCGUGGAUUGACUCAACCACGAAAUCCACGAAAAUUAGUCCCCCACGAAUAUUAAUGAUUUCACAGUACGUUUAGAAAAAAAAAAUUGAUAGUUUUUAUAGGGUUUUCAGGUACAGUAAUAUUGUACUUUCAAAGAUUUUACCAACACUUCAUUGUAAAAAACAUACGCUUUCCUGAUUACAAAACUCAUGUGUCACUUUAAAAUUCUGUCGCCAUUUAAUAGUUACAAUGGACAGUGGCAAAGAAAGGUAUUUAUUUCAUUGCUGACUUUUUCCUCAUUCAAAUGCUUUUCAGCGAUACUCAAUAAAUGAAAACUGAGGUCUUUAUAUGUAAAGGAUAAAGGUCCUUUUUUUCAAAGGACUUUCCACCAGUAGCUCACACAUGGGCCAUAUUUCUUUGACUGACCAGAAGAUUCUGCACAUAUUCGAAGUCAAAGGAGUGGUAAAGAGUAAUGUUCUGGAAUGUUUAGAACAUGUGUGGACUGUUCCAAUGAUACUUGGUGUAGACAGAACAGUCCUACAUUGGAAAGCAGGUUUUGGUUCCUACCCACUAAUGAUAAGUCAAUAGAGCUGGGUACCAGAGCAGAACAUUGUACUAUUCGAAGAUUAGUCAACAUUUUUCAACAUUUUUUGGAACCUUUCCGAGUAGUGAAUAGGAAGAGUAGUGAAUAGGAAUUUGGCGAAGUUUAAAAAUAGUUUCAUUUGAGGUAGUUAUGAUUAUCUAGUUGUUAUUAGAUCUAUUCAUACACACACACAAGUGCCUAAAUUGAUGUCUGGAGGGACACCUGGGUUCCUCCAUCAUUUGUGUUGGAAAAUUGCUAACAUUUUGAAAGGAUAUUUGAACAAUAAUUCCUUGCCCUGUAACGUAGUAGAUGUGACAGCUGUGUAAUUACAAUGUAUAUCUAACAUUCUGCUGAAACUUUUUAUUGAUUUUAUAGUGAAAUCUGUCGCUUGAAUCUGAUCCCUUUAGAUAUUGACAGUGCUGACAAAAACGUAUUGAUUUUGUUUGGUUUAGAACACAGACCACUAUAAAGACCAUUAGGCAAUUUUUCAGCUUUUGAUAUUGGAGGAAAACCUGGCAUUGUUUCAUCACAAACAGGUACCAGGGUUGAACCACGGGCCUUCUGUAAGCCAACUAAAUGGCUUCUACUCCUGAAAAAUUCUACACCCAAUAUUGUAUUGUUACAUGGAAUAUAGUUUGUUUCACAUUAAUAUUUUUGUUAAAGUUAACAUAUUGUGUAAUACAGCAAGUAUAGUUUAGUUAUGAAACGACAUAUCUGCUAAGUUAAAUUCUUUGAUAUGUGGUGAUCCUAGUGAUUAAGGUUGCUACCUUAAAACCACUUUGCACCUCACUUAUGUAUGUUCAAAACCUUGCUUGGGAUAUUGAAUUGUUCAUGUGAGGAGGCCAUCCUUUGAUAUCUGGAAAGUCGGUGAUUCUGACAAGGUCUUCAUCUGCCAUCAGAAGCCGAAAAAGUUGUUAUAUGACCAAGAUUGUGUUUUUAUAAUGUGUUCAAAUCAUUUAAGCAAAAUGUUGAUGAAUGGCUUUUCAUUUCAUAUCAUAAUUUCUCUUUUUGUGAGAAACAGCAAUUUAUAUAUAAUAUCUAAAAUGUGUUAAUUUCUGCAUGCAUCAGUAGAUUAAUGAAUGUUAUUAUAAAAUGUGCUUUUUUAGCUUUUUGCAACUUUACCUUUUGUGCAUCCCUAUGUUCUCAUUAUUUAAGGGUGUGGCAAUCUCAAGUAUUAUGAUGAAGGGAGAAGUGACGUGGUUUUAAAGGUAUCAGCUGCUCAACUCGCGUCUUCUCACAUGACGCCAGUACUGGUUUUUCCAGGAAGCGGUCUCGAGUGUGGUUCAAAUAAGCUGGAUGCUUGCAUCAGUUGAGCUAGAAGAAAUUAGUAUAAACUUAACUAAGUAUUAUCAUAUUUUGUAUACUCAAUACUUUGUAAUGUUUUUCAAUGUUAUUUGUUCAGAAAUCCAUUAUAUUAUUUUGCUCAUAUUUUGAUAUUUUGGCAAGUAUAGUGGCAGAUUUUUGUAGUUUCUUAUUUAAGACAUUUAUUGUACUUUUUGAUAAUGACUUAGUAAUCAGAUAUAUUGAACUAUUUUAUACAAAAAAAAAAUAAUCCGGUGUUUUUUUCAUGGUGUGCUUAUGCCUGGUUAAGAUGCAGUACAUGCAUAAAUAGAUUCUGUGAAGUCAUUUUGUGGAUGUAAAAUAUAGUGUUUUUUUUUUUGCCAAAACUGAUAUUUCAUAAGGUGCUUAGAUUCAUGUAUGUAGGAAUUUUCUGUGUUCACUGUAUUUUACUUUCCUGUAUUGACAUAACUGUGAAAUCCAUGAACAUUUACCAACAACUAGAAAUAUUAGAUUUGAUAGUAAUCUUUUUUUCUUGAGAAUUGAUAAAACAGCAAGAUUAUUAUUGCUUAGUAAACUAUAGAAGUUUUGCUGAUGCAAUAUUGUACAUGAUAUUACUGGUUAUCUAAAGGUCCUUAACAGGUCCUUAACAUUGUUAGCAAUUCAUUUUUAUCUGUUCUCACUAUGACCUAUAUUAUCAUGACUAAAUUAAAUCAAAUCAAAAUAGAUCAAAAUGAUCUCAGAGUGCCAAAUUCUCACCGUCCCUUUUAUAUAAUCUCAUACCCUAACCUAGCUUCCUCAGAAUGUCUGCCAGAAGUCUUCAUAGCUUGAGCCAUGAAAAUAUUCUCACAGAAUUGUUACUAUUACAGUUAUGCCAUAAUAAAUGUUUCAGUUUGUAAGUAGACUUUUGGUGAGGAUGGAUCAAGAAUGUGGACCCAUAAUGGCGCAUGGCAGCAUACGCGUAUUAGGUGGGCUUGAUCCCUACAACACUGUGCUAUCUAGGUAAUGUGAUCUGUACACUGAAAUACGCCAUGAUAUUACAAUAGGCAUGGCCCGCAGGUGUACAAAAUUGAUGCGUGUGCAACUAGCCCGACUGAAACAAAUACAAAUUGGGCGAUAUUGGGGUAAUACAAUGCAAUCAAACUACCUUAACCAUGUUAACAUUCUUUGAACAUGAAAUAUAGCUGAAGUUCCACAUGACUGACUUUUAAAAAAUGGAGAAUUCCGAAGUCACAUAUUGAGAAUACAGAAUAUCGCGGGCUUAGCGCAAAACGGUUGUAACUUAUAUGAAAUAAAGAAGGAGUUACAACCGUUUUGCGCUAAGCCCGCGAUAUGCCCAUUGUCAUUAUGGAUGCACUACCUUAAUUUAAAAAAAAUUGAAAAGUUCUGUUGCUGUGGUUGCCUGGAUAGACACAUUUUUCAGCAUAGAAUAAAAUCGACAAAAAGCUGUACUGACAGACUUAAUAUUUUAUUUUGAAAGCAGAUAUCUUGGGCAUUUCUUGCUGGCCAAAAUUUGUUGACUGUAUCAACAGUUGUAUUAACAGUUUUAAUGCUAAAACUGGAAAUAUAAAGUUCUAUUUUUGCCAUGAUAGCUUGGUUGCAAUAAGCAUAUUCUAGUUAUUCUUAUCGCCUCAUUGCUGUUUUUGUGCCAUACAUCGAUAGUUUAGUCUCCAUGUUAUAUUCUUGUUGUUUUUUUCUGAAUUACCUACCUUAAUAUACAAAAUGUAAAAUAUUACGUGACUCCUUUUAUAAGUCACCAGUCAAUAGUUUGACAGUCAAUCUGUCUGACCAAGCUGUUCAGUAAGUGUGUAAUAAUGUAUCUUUCAUGAAGGGGUUUUGGGGUUUGAUAUUUUGUUAGAUAUUUAUCUUGUUACAUAUGUUACUUCAUCUAAAUAAAAAAAAACAUUCUAACAUGGCUCGAUUUGAUUUCCAUUUAAACAAAGAAGAAAAUCAGGCUCUGUAUAUUCUGCGAUAAACAACGGUUGACGUGCGGACCAGUAAGAGAUCAUUAUGAUGUCAAUUAUGACGUCAAAUUGCCACAUUACGUCCGAGACAUUACUCCUCGCGUAAAUGAAGUCCAGUAUAAUAUUUUCUAAAAUAUAUCAAUGAGCAUGUCAGAAUGAAAACAGUCAAGGCCUUCUUGUGAUUGUUCGUCUAAUUUACCAUGGUUCAUCGCUCAGGUGGUUCAGUAUUUAACCACUCGGGCUAACGCCCUUGUGGUUCAAUUCUUACGCAUCUAAACUCUGAACCGUGGUAAAUCAGACGAUAAACAACGCGAAGACCUUGAUUAUUUGUUAAAUGAUCACUGAAUACUAGAAAUUUGAUGCACAUUUUUGUAGCUAUAAAAAGCAUUUGAGCCGUGCCAUGGGAAAACCAACAUAGUGGGUGUGCGACCAGCAUGGAUCCAGACCAGCCUGCGCAUCCGCGCAGUCUGGUCAGAAUCCAUGCUGUUCGCUAACAGUUUCUCCAAUUCCAAUAGGCUUUAAAAGCGAACAGCAUGGAGCCUGACCAGACUGCGUGGAUGCGCAGGCUGGUCUGGAUCCAUGCUGGUUGCACACCCACUAUGUUGGUUUUCCCAUGGCACGGCUCAUUUAUAUCUUUAAAUAAUUCAGAGUGAAUUACAACUUUUUUACAUGAAACUUCAUAUCAUUAUUUCAGUGGUCAUAUCGGGUUUUAUUAUUUUUAUUUUCAUAUAUGCCAAGGGCAAUAUGAAGUUUUGUUGACCUUUGAAGAUAAUAUUAACCUUGACCAUAGUUUUUUUGUACUUCAAUAUUGGUCAACAAAGCUACUUACUGGCUUUAAAAUAAGCUCACAUUUUUUUUUUAUAUAGUUUUUUGGUAUUAUGUCCCUUUUUAUGUUGUGAACAGCAAGUUAGUCAAGGUCAUUUGUAAGUUUCAAUGUUUUUUUGUGGACAUGAACAUGCUAUGCUCUCGUCCAAUCAAAUGAAAAUGUGUCAGCAGAUUUGAUAACAUUUUAAUUAAUACUGGUGCUUUCAGAAUUUUUUUACUUUGUGACAUUUUCUAGAUGUUUUUGCGUAGGUAAGCAUCUGAUAAAAUGAGGCAUUACAUUAGAUUUGGAGAUAUUUGCUUCAGAUAUCUCUGUGACAUUAUCUGGAUGCUUUUGCAUAGGCAUUUGGUAAACUGAGGCAUUACAUUUGUGUAUUUGGAGGUAUUUGCUUCAAGUAUAUAUGUAGUAACACUCGCAACAUCUUUUUGCAUGUUAUAUUUUCAAUAAAAGUAACAUUAUACAUGUA